GUAUACAGUUCUACGAUUUCAAGUGAAAUAAAAAACAUAUUUGCACAUAUUUUCGGUGGUGUUCACUGGAUCUAAAGCACUAUUGUGGCACCCUGAACGAUGCAUUUAACAACUGGACGCCGAUUGGCGGCAGCUUUUAGAGAAGAGUCGAGUUUCACCUCCAGUGAUGUCAUCCGCUGACAAGGCUUUCUGAAGGUCCAGGAGAAAGCGAGAGAGAUGUCAAUACAGCGCUUAAAAUAACUAAGACUCGGAUGACAGCAGGUAACAGCCAGUUAUAUCAGUCAUACACCGCACCCUGAAAGAAGAUGCCUCAGUUGUAGGCUAUCCAUGUUGUCCACUGUCAGAGAUUAGCUGUAUUGUUUUGAGAAAGGAAGUCAACUCGUCAGUGAAAGACCCGUCAGACCAUGAACUAUGUGGGUCAGCUGGCGGGUCAGGUGUUUGUGCAGGUGAAGGAGCUGUACCGGGGCCUGAACCCCGCCACCCUGUCCGGCUGCAUCGACGUCAUCGUGGUGCACCAGCCCGAUGGCACCCUGCAGUGCUCGCCCUUCCAUGUGCGCUUCGGCAAGAUGGGAGUGCUGCGCUCCCGAGAGAAAGUGGUGGACAUAGAGAUCAACGGGGAGCCUGUUGAUCUUCACAUGAAGCUGGGGGAGAACGGAGAGGCCUUCUUUGUCAUGGAAACCGAAAACGGACAGGAAGUGGUCCCCUCCUACCUGGCCACGUCCCCCAUCCUAUCAGAGGGUGCAGCACUGAUGAACACCGGCAGCCCCGGGGACAACGGUGGUACCGUGAAGAAGAGGAGGAAGAGGAGGAGGAAGGCUCGGGCGGACAGCGCGAGGAGGGAGGAGAGCGGGGAGGACUACGAGGAUGAGGACAUGUUUUCCAUCGAGUUGAGUUCAGACGAAGGGAAGGAGAUGGAGAGCAGCAGGGCGUCUACGCGAGAUGUUUUCAGGGAAGGUGUGGAAGGUCCGACCAGUGGCUCCUUCAAACAGAGUGGUGUGUACGCCCGGUCUGACGGUGACUGGACACCAAGACAGAGCCCUAACAGCUCUCGCCCCACCUCCCCUAAGAGCGACUCAGAGUUGAUGAUCAAGCCCUCCAACUCAGCUAAUCAGAACCCAGCUAUGCUCUGGGCCUGGGGGGAGCUUCCACAGGCUGCUACGCCAUCCUUCCUGUCGGACAAGUCGGAGCCACAUUCAGGGUGUCCGGUAUCCAUCCGAGUGUCUGAAAGCACCCACUUCCGGGUUAUUUCUGACAACACACGAUUGGAACACCGCAAAGACUGUUCCGGAACAACGGGAAUGGCGUCUCUUCGUCUCCACAUCCCGGAGACAAGAACGAGUGACACAACGGUGGUCACUGUGGGUGCAAGUACGGGACCAUUGAGGGUAGACACACAGCCAAUGGGAGCAGAGUCAGAGAUGAUUGAUGCAGAUGUAGAGCCAAUGGGAGCAGCAGCAGCUCAUAUGAUGUCAGAGAUGGAAGAUAAUGGGUUACGCCCCCUAAGCAAGACCGAUUCUCCUUCAAAGAGGAAAGAUAAAAGAAGCCGCCAUCUUGGUUCAGACGGGAUCUACCUUGAUGACAUCACAGAGCUGGAGCCUGAGGUAGCAGCUCUCUAUUUCCCCAAGAGUGAUAGUGGAGGUGUGGUGAGGUCGUGUUCAGAGCACGGCCCCCGUAGUGCAAGCCUGUCCCCCCAGUCCGUCAGCUCUGGCGGGGACAGCGGAGUGGACAGCUACUCCGACCACAUGGGGGACCUGCCCUCUAUCGCCAUCUCCCUGUGUGGAGGACUCACCGACAACAGAGAGAUCAGCAAAGAGCAGUUCCAGGAAAAGGCUAUCUCCUAUCAACAGUUUGCAGAGAACCCCUCAAUCAUAGACGACCCUAACCUGGUAGUGAAGAUCGGCUCCAAGUAUUACAACUGGAGCACUGCAGCUCCUCUGAUGUUGGCCAUGCAAGCCUUUCAGAAGCCCCUGCCCAAGGCCACGGUGGAGAACAUCAUGAAAGAGAAAAUGCCCAAGAAAGGAGGCCCCUGGUGGUUCUCCUGGCGUAGAAGGAACAGUAGUGCCAAGUCGGUCUCCAUCUCUGAGCACGAGGCCUGUGACAGCGCUGAACAAUCUGGGAGCAUGGGCGCCAUCAACAGGCGGAAGGAUGAGACUUCUUCUAGUGACGAGGAGCACCAAGCAGCCAAGCAGAUUCAUCCCUCCUUUCAGUCAGAGCCUCCGCUCACCCCGGGGGCUGUGUCCUAUAAGAAGACGCUCCGUCUCACCUCAGAGCAGUUGGUGUCCCUCCAGUUGAAGGACGGUCCUAACGAUGUGGUGUUCAGUGUGACCACCCAGUACCAGGGCACCUGCCGAUGCCAGGGCACCAUCUACCUGUGGAGCUGGGACGACAGGAUCGUCAUCUCUGACAUCGACGGCACCAUCACCAGGUCGGACACCCUGGGCCACAUUCUGCCCACUCUGGGGAAGGACUGGACCCACCAGGGCAUCGCACACCUGUACCACAAAGUCAGCCAGAAUGGCUACAAGUUCCUGUACUGCUCAGCGAGGGCUAUAGGCAUGGCAGACAUGACCAGGGGCUACCUGCACUGGGUCAACGAGAGAGGAACCAUGCUGCCCAUGGGCCCUGUGCUGCUCAGCCCCAGCAGCCUGUUAUCUGCUCUGCACAGGGAGGUGAUUGAGAAAAAGCCCGAAAAGUUCAAGGUGGAGUGUCUGACGGACAUCAAGAACCUGUUUCACCCAAACACUGAACCCUUCUAUGCUGCCUUCGGAAACAGGCCCACUGACGUGUACUCGUAUAAGGAGGUAGGAGUCCCUCUGAACAGGAUCUUCACUGUGAACCCCAAAGGAGAGCUGGUUCAGGAGCAUGCCAAGACCAACAUCUCAUCGUACGUGCGUCUGGGUGAGGUGGUGGACCAUGUGUUCCCGCUGUUGACACGCGGCAGCACCUUGGACUUCCCCUGCUCCGACACCUACAGCCACUUCAACUACUGGAGGGAACAGCUCCCCCUGGUGGACGCCCAGGCGACUACACCCUCACCAGAACCUCCACAGGACAGCGGCAGUGGAACGUCAGCAGCACUGAGCAGCUCCUAGCAGCGUCAUCCCAGACACAGGUCUGGGAUCAGUCUACCCAAGCUGAUGGGGGAACAUUGUGAUGGAAAACAUGGUCAAAGUUAUUGUAGAUGGGUCAAAUAGUUGUGCAUCUACUGUAAAUUAUUGUUACUGGGGUUGGUUUUCAUUGCCUACUACAAAGUCCUACAAAUGGAUCAUUUCCAUGAAGACAACCUCUGAGGUAAAUCCAAACCACCUUUGAUACAGUACAUUCAGGUGUUGGUUCUGCUAUGUGACUGACAUCUAGAUAAGUGUUGAGAGGUCAUCCAACACUGAACACAACAGCUGGAUAUUCUGUAGAAUGUCUGUCACGCACACAUAUGCACACCAUACAUGAGAGCACUUUAGAACGUUAGAUGUUGGCUGGAUGGGGGCCUCAUCAUGUUUGUAAAGCCUUACGAAGGCUCAAUGCAUAGGAAUAGGAAAGGUCAUUUUCACUUAACUUAUGUUUGUGUUGUUUUCUCUGAUUUGCCUCUCACUUGAAGGAAUGACUGAGAGUAUUUAAUACAAUGCCAUGCAGCAUUUAAUGACACAUAUGCAUUGAACUGUAGUAUUUAUAUUGUCAAUAGUAUGUUUACGCAUUAUUAUUGUGUAACGUGUAUGCAAUUGUUGACUCAGCAGACCAUAAUUCUGUGCCAAAUUAUCAUUAUAGCAGGUAGAAAUGCUUCUCGAUAGAUUGUGUCAACUGGAUUUAAAAUGUAAUUAUUCAAUCACUUUUAUAGCUAUGUAUCUACCACAAGCUGUAACGUUAGCACAUUCGAAUUUGUUAUCUUAUCGCUAACAACAAUCAAUACAGUAGAUGUACAGAAUAUAUACGCUUUUCUGCACUCAAUCUUCAAAGAUGUUCUUCUUCAAGAGCAUGAUAUCUAUUCGAAUCAGAUUUUUUUUAACAUCAUAUGGAUUUGCAUUAUCACCAUACUAAUUUCAAAAGAAAUAGGCCUUCCACAAGCCACUGCAUAGGGAGCAGAAUAACUAAGCAAUAACUAAUCUUUCACAUUCACCUGUGUUACCUGCCUGCAAAGUAAAUUAUAUUUUGAUUUAAGUGUGUGUUUUUUUCAUAGGAUAAUUGUUUGUGUGUGCAGAGUUGUGUGAAUUUGAUAAUAGUUUGAUUUUGUUGGUAGCAAAAGUAUAAUGAAUUGCUUGAUAGUAAAUCGUCAUUUAUUGUAUUUGCUUUGUGUUGUACACUGGCUAUAGCCAUUAUAUUUUUAUAAAGUAGCUAAGUGCA